AUGGCACUUGUCGAAAUCUCUGCUGGAUACCCACCUGUGAAAGAAAAUAAACCAUUUGUAGAACCCCCCACAGUGGUGAUUACUCCUUCCGAUCCAUGGCCGCGACCUUAUUAUUUAGAUCAUGGUUUACGUAGAGUCGCACCGUACCAUUAUACCUACAAUACAUCCUGCAAACAAAGAUGGAGGGGAAGAGAAAUACUGGAUAUAUUUUCAAGCGAAUUUCGAGAUAGACCUUUGGAAUACUACAAAGAUGCCAUGGAACGCGGAGCUAUUGUUGUGAAUGGCAAACCCGUCGAUUCGACUUCGCAAAUCAUAAAGAAUGGAGAUGUUAUAUCACAUACCCUGCAUCGACAUGAACCUCCCGUUACAGCUCUGCCAAUAUCAAUCGUACAUGAAGAUGAAGACAUGAUUGUCAUAAACAAACCUUCAGGCGUUCCGGUCCACCCUGCUGGUCGGUACAAUUACAAUUCCGUAAUCGAAAUUAUGCGAGCUGAGCGUGGCCAUGGCUGGAACCCAUUACCGUGCAAUAGAUUGGAUAGACUAACCAGUGGCAUUAUGUUCAUUGGAAAGCACGCCAAGGCAGCAGAAGCACUAAGUUUACAAAUAGCAGGGCGCACUGUUAGAAAGGAAUAUAUAGCACGAGUAAAAGGGAAAUUCCCUGAUGGAGAAGUGGUUUGCGAUAUGCCAAUCCUGCAGAUAUCGCCAAAGUUGGGGUUGAACCGUGUCAGGGCAAAUGGUAAAGCUGCCCGCACGGUCUUCAAGCGCCUAGCAUAUUAUCCGCCAGAAACCCUUCUAGAACAGGUCGGGGACAAUCCCGAGCUAGAUAAGUCGAGCUCGUCGAUGAGUAAGGAGGGUUACUCGAUCGUUAGAUGCCUUCCAGUCACCGGACGUACACAUCAACUUAGGGUUCAUUUACAGUUUCUAGGUCAUCCUAUUGGUAACGAUCCUAUAUAUUGCAAUCAACGUGUAUGGGGGAUGAGGCUUGGAGCAAAUGAUCCUGAUGCAACUCAAGAUACGGAUGAAGAUAUCAUAACUCGUCUAUCGAAGAUGGGCAAGUCCGAGGUUGCUGAUGCUGUAGCCUACCAUGACGAGAUGGUAGACGAAUACAACAAGAAGAAAGCCGAGAAGAUGUCUGGAGAGCUAUGUGAAGUAUGCCAAACCCCAUUAUAUACCGAUCCUGGCGAACAGGAAUUAUCUCUGUGGCUUCACAGUCUUCGCUAUGAAGAUGCUGGAGGAUCUUGGAGUUAUGUAAGCCCUCUCCCACCCUGGGCUUUACCUCCUGACGGCGUGAAUGGACCAACAGAAGUUGGAGGUAUGGAAGAAUUGGUCAAGGCGGUGAAAGAAGACAACCCUGAAAUCGUAUGA